CACCCACCAAAAUGAACCCCGAACCCCCCACCACCACCAAAAAACGCCCCGUCUCACCUUCUCCCCUCCCCGCCCGCAAACGCACCACAACCACAGCCCCAACACCCGCCGACCCCAGCCUCGACCGCGUCAUAGCCCUGGAUCUCAAAAUCUACGAGCUUCGGACCAGCAUCAGGCGCAUGGUCGAGGAGACGAACGUCCAGAGACGGGAAAUGGGAUGGAUGAUGGGGUGCUGUGGAGAGUGUUGUAUUCGGCGGCGAAAUUGAAUAAAAUAGGAUAGGGUUGAAUAGGGAUAGCUCGGUGGGAGGGGAUCUAAUGUGAAGGGGAGGUUAUAUUGUCAUUGCUGGGGGUUGGUUGGUUGGUAACCUGAUGUAGAUCAUACUACAAAGUACUUGCUGGAAGCUGUGUUUGUCCAGGGAAAUGGUGUCGCUGCUGGUACAGCAGACUCUAGUCAGC